UGUGGAGAAAGCUUCAAAGUUAUUUCGACCGAACCUUUGUCAUCUCCUCCACAGAUACUCACUCUCCUCAGCACAAAUAGAGGCACCUAUGGAUUUCCUGAUGCGUCGAUUAAUCAUCUACCCAUUCCUACCUUCUUCUAUUUUGUGACAGACCACGCCUCCUUUUCCCUCUGGGAUUCUUUGAGUUUUGAGUCUUUUGAAUGAAUUUUGUUUUUGACUCUCUUUCAGAUAGCCUUUGAAUGAUAGCAAGAAGUAAGAAAAAUGGAUCUUCAGCAGUUGAUCGAUGCCUUUGUUAAGCUCCGAUCUAAAUGGCAUUUCCCUCUAUUUGGUUUUGCUUAGCCGUCAGUGGAAAAGUCAAGUUGCUGGUCAAAAAGGUGAGCAAUUGAAUACUAGUAGGACUAAUCUUUUAUUGGCUUUUCCAAUUUCAUGCCAUGUUCAGCGACUUUACCUUUGUUGAACUGAAUUUGGUCUACCUAACUCUCAAGUCUCCUCUGUACCUGAUCUAAGAGAGAAAGUGAAAUGGAGGUUGAACAUUUUAGCCACCCAGUUCAUCCAUUGAUCUUGAUUAAUCAAGUGCUAGAAUAUAGUGGCGAACUAGUUAUUUGCUCUGGAUGCGACGAACCAAUCUGGGGUCCUUGCUACAGUUGCACCUCCUGCUACUUCUUUCUUCAUAAGACAUGUGCCGAGCUGCCCCGUGAGAUCAAGCGGCACAUUCAUUUUAAACACCCUCUUCAUCUAUUGGCAAAGCCACCGUCACAUUAUAUCUUGGGAUGCAUUUGUGAUUUGUGCAAAAAAACUUGCGAGAGUUUCGUUUACCAUUGUUCUGUCUGCAAAUUUGAUCUUCAUAUCAAAUGUGCUUUUCAACAGUGUUUUUUUGAAGUUGAUAGUCAGGCACAUCAAUUUGCCCACAUAGAUCAUUCAUUGAUUUCGAAUGAAGAGCAAGAAUUUCAUGUUGAAGGAGUUAUGUGCUCUGGGUGCGAUGAACCAAUAUCGGGUCCUAGUUAUCGAUGCACUUCUUGCAACUUCUUUCUUCACAAAAAGUGUACUGAGCUACCCCAGGAGAUCAAGCGGUGCUUGCACCCUCAACACCCUCUUCAUCUAUUAGCAAAACCACCAGCUCAUCAUACCGGGAAAUGGAUGUGUGAUUUGUGCAACAAAACCUGCAAGAGUUUUGUUUACCGUUGUUCUUUCUGUAAUUUUUACCUUGAUAUCAAAUGUGCUCUUCCACCGUGCCUUUCGGAAGUUGAAGGUCAGGAACAUCAAUUCAUUUGUCUACCAAAGUCGCUUCCGUUGAAGAUCGUCUCUUUCACAUGCAAUGCCUGUGGCACUGAUGGAGAUGACUCCCCUUUCGUGUGCACCAUGUGUCAGCUCAUAGUCCACAAAACUUGCAUUUCGUUUCCUCGCUCCAUUAAAUUGCGUAUUCACCAGCAUCCUCGAAUAAUCCACACCUAUCACCUUCAACAAUGUAACUCUAGAAACAAGUAUUGUGGAAUUUGUCGUGAUGGAGUUGACACAAAUUAUGGAGUUUAUUAUUGCCAAGAUUGCGACUUUGUUGCACAUGUGAAUUGUGGUAUACAAUAUCGUCUAUCUAAUACAGAGAGUGAUGGAGAUGAAAGAAGUAUAACUAUGAAUGAUGAAUUCAAGGAAUCUAGCUUUGAUAUUGUCCGUGAGAUCAAGCAUGGAGACGAAAGAAUAAUUGCAGAGAUCAAACAUUUCAGUCAUCAACAUAACCUAAUCCUCAUUGACGAGUUUAACAAUGAUCCAAAGUGUGACGGGUGCAUGUUACCAAUUUUUACUCCAUUUUAUAGUUGCACUGAGUGUAAUUUCUUUCUAGACAAAGCCUGCAUACGAUUGCCUAGGAAAAAAUAUUGGCAGUAUGACAGACACCCUCUGAUACUCAUCUUGAACACAUGGGAGGAAGAUCCAUUCCAGUGUGCUAUUUGUGAGCAAUAUUGUCAUGGAUUCAGCUACAACUGCGAUAGAUGUCAUCGCUUCCUCGACGUGCGAUGCUUCAAAUCAACAAAAGAUUCCAUUGAACAUGGUGGUCAUGAGCAUCCCCUUUAUCUUGCCGUGGAGAGCGAGAAUCGUCAUUGCAGUGGCUGUGGUGUUAGUGGAGAGUCUCAAACAUUCAGGUGCGUUGUUUGUGACUUCAACCUGGGUUUUAAAUGUGCUACUCUGCCUGAUAAAGCGAGACACAGGUAUGAUGAACAUCCUCUCUUCCUCACCUAUAUUGAUCCAAAUGACUACCAAUAUGUCUGUCAAAUUUGUGAAAAAGAAAGAGACCCAAAGCUCUGGUUCUACCGUUGUGAAGAAUGUGACUUUGAUGCUCAUCGAGAAUGCGUUCUUGGGAAAAAUCCAUUUAUCAAGCUAGGGGGCAGUUACACAGACGACACCCACCCUCACCCUCUCACUUUGGUUGAAAAAACAGACGAUUACCCUGCAUGCCAUACUUGUGGCGAACCUUGCGAUGACUUGGCCCUUGAAUGUACUCAUUAUAAGUGUAAUUUUAUCAUCCAUUAUAAACGGGAAAAGAGGGCAAUGCUUUAAUCCGUGGUUCAGGUAGUCAUUUGAUUGCAGUUUUUUCAUAUUGUUUUACACUGAAAGUAUAAUGGGCUAUAUAAAGGAGAUAUAUAACAUACCAUGCUGAUAUGUAA